AUGCCAAAGCAAAUACAUGAAAUCAAGGAUUUUCUUCUUACAGCAAGAAGGAAGGAUGCUCGUUCUGUUAAAAUCAAGAGAAGCAGAGAUGUGGUGAAGUUCAAGGUUCGCUGCUCCAAGUAUCUUUACACAUUAUGUGUGUUUGACCCUGAGAAGGCUGACAAGUUGAAGCAGUCUCUUCCUCCAGGUUUGAGUGUUCAGGACCUAGGAUCGGAGGUAAAGAAGUGUGGUGUUCGUGUAUUAUACGAUCAGGAUGUGGAGGAGUUGAAUCCAGACAAAAAUGACAGGACUUCAGAGAAUGUUGCUAUUUAUCCUUCUGAAUUCCGAAAUCGAACAAGGUGUGAGUCCGAAUUUGUCCAAGACAUUGUUGACGAAUUGUCAAGAAAAUUGAGUCAGAGUUUUUCAAGGGUAGCCAAAGACCUUAUGGGAAUCAAUUCAAAUGUGGAUGAAAUAAGUAGGCAAAAACAAAAAUUGCUAGAGUUGUCUAUGAGAAAAUGUCCUGUCAAUUUGAAGGUAGCAGCUUUAUAUGUUCUAGUUCCUUUGCAAGAACCACUUCUAUCUGAAAUCCUACUGGAAAGAAAUAUGAGAGUUUGGAAUGCUUAUGGAAGAUUCUUUGAUUUUGAUAUGUGUUUGCCUGCAAGUGAAAGUAUAUCGUGGUUCGACUACCAGGCUAUCGGAUCUUCAGUAAGCAUCCCUUUGCACCCACAUUGGUGUAGUGCUAGUUGGAAAGGAUUCGCUUUUUCUGCACUUUUUGUAGUGGACGAGAACGUCAUCCCUGCGGAUGUGAAUUGCGAAGAGGAUGGUGAUUCAGAAAUUCUGAAACUUCAAUGUUUUCUGCAGCCCAACAUGUAUACAAAAAUUCUGAAGGCUUCUAUCGUCGACAUUAACAUUGCCUAG